UCAGAAGCAGAGAAGGAGAUGCAAGGCUGGGAGCCUCGGAGGAAGCGCCAAAACGGAGGUGAGGAACAUAAUAAUUACCAAAAAGAGGUGCAGAGUCCAGGAGCGACGUUCCCCUCGGUUCGCCUGGCCCUGGCACCGCUGGCACGGGCUCCCUGGAAAGCUGCAGUUCCGCUCUUAUAACACAGGGAGCAGGCUGGAGAAUUUAGAGCUGCGUCACAGAGCUCAGCGAGAGAGUGAGAGAGCAAGCUCUGUCGAUAGGUCUUACCAGCAACAGCCCUGCUGCUGCAGCAAGAGGGGAGAGAGGCAGCAAGAGAGGCACAGAGGGCUCCAGAAACAGAAGUGCCACCAAACACCGGGGACUGGGCUCCUGCCACCAUCCAGCGUCAUUUAAAGACGGGAUUUGGGCUCGGUUGGCGUAGGAGGUUUCACCCAUUGACGAUGCUGGAGACCCGGCGCGCUUAAUCCCGCGGGAAGGGAGAGUGGGCAGACGCCGAAAGGGUUAACGGAAAGGAAAUUUCUGGAACCUUCUAUUCUGCGGCGCUCCGCGGCGAGCGGAGGGCUGGGGACUGCGCAGAUGGUGCACGGGCAGCAGCUCUUCGGUCCGGUUCGUCUUUCCCACCGACCAGCAAUGAAGAUGGUAACUCUGCCUGGAAGUGCUGAGGACACAACCAGCUUUGAGCUUGGUCCUUCUGGCCGAGGAAGUCUCCCGGUUAUGCAGUGGAGCGGUCACCACUUGUGCUGUCCCACACCUGGCCUUGCUCUGACUUGUUCCUUCACCGACCAUGCGUUGAGCUCAGAUCUUCUCCGUGUGAAAUGGGAGUAUUUUCUCCAGGGGAGACCAGAGGCUGAUGAACCCGGACUGUUCAGAACGACCCACGGAGCAGAAGAGCAUUUGAUUCAAAUGGAUCAUUCCAAGUGCGGAACGGAUCGUGCCUGAGGACCAUCAAAAACCAAAACCAGAACAGUUACAGGAGUCCUCACCGAUUUGGACGCUACGUCAGGAGCACCCAUAUAAUUUAUUUUAAAUACAGUGUGUUGUUUAGUAAAUAUUUUAUAACCAGAAGCGGAAUUUAGUUUGUGAGGAUUUUCAUUCUGUAGCCUGCUAACAGCAGAUUUACAAUACUGAGACAUAUUAGGAUUAAAAUUCAGAAGUACAGCCAUAUAUAUGUGUUUCAAGUUCUUGAGUAACUCCUGUUUUUCCUUAUAGAAAAACCCCAUGCCAAACUGCUGCUCUAUUACUCUACAUCUCUAAGGAGCUCCAGACACCAUAUAAAAAACUCCUGGCUUAAUAGCGUGUCCACAUACCAGCCCAUUAAUUUCUCUUAUUGCUGUUAUGUGCAAAAGGUAAGACUGGACAUAAGAACUCUGGUCUAUUCUACCUCGAUUCAUUUUUCUCUCUCCAAAAAUAAGCCCAACUAACCCAGAAAACUAAUCCUAUAUCAGUUAGAAACGUCUUACUUCAGAGGUAAAGAGGAUAUUCCUUAAUCCUUACAUUAUUCUGGAAGAAAAGCCAAGCUUAAUUUUCAUAUGCGCCAUCUCAAGCUUAUAAAAAAUACUGAAGUGACUUGUUCUUUAAAAGUAAAUAAAAUCAAGACUAUGCGUUUGAAAAGACCUUUGCAUUAAGUUACAACAAGAGAUGGAACAUUUCAGCCAUCACCACCUCAGAAUUCGUGCAAUGGAGAAAAGCGACAGGAAUGAAGAGGCUCAUUUAUGAAAGUAUUUGUAGUUCAAAUUCUGAUUGUUAAGGUAAUAACAACAAAAUACUGACAAGGAACAGCCCAACUAAGCUGUUCCAUCUUAAAUCUGUCCUGUUGUAACCAGGUUUGAAGAGGCAGGUGUUUGAAAGAGCUAAUUUGACCUUACACAAGUGCGGGAGAAACUUUAACUACGACCAAAUGCAUUUGACUGCUGGACUCAGCACUAGUUUAAAAAUACAGAACAGGAAUCAGUUCCAAACAAGCUACUAUAUUUUUACCCUUUUUAGGGCUAAAAACCUGCACAUUUGAGAAAGAAAUCUCCUUUUUCUAAAAAGGUUUUAAAAGGAACACCUUGUUUGCACCUUCAUUUAUUUAUUUUUCUUCUAGAAAGCUGAAAACACAGCUGAAUCAGUAAUUGAGAGAGAUGUAAUCUGGUUUUCUCUCAAGGGAUGCAUGUUACCUUUCUAAUUCUAGUGUCCAUGUAACACGGCAAAGGUGGUUUCCAGCUCAAACAGUCUUCUAAUUAUAGGGAAUUACACUAUUAGCUAACAAUCAAGUCUUGCCAAGUCUUGGGAAACAGGAAAGAUGCCUGAGGACUGGAGGAAAGCAAAUGUCACUCCAGUCUUCAAGAAGGGCAAGAAAGAGGACCCGGGGAAUUAUAGACCGGUCAACCUCACCUCCAACCCUGGGCAACUGAUGGAACAACUUCUCCUUGGUGCCAUCUCAACGCAUAUCAGGGAGAAGAGGGUCAUUAGGGACAGUCAGCAUGGCUUCACCAAGGGGAAGUCAUGCUUGACCAACCUCAUUGACUUUUAUGAGGACAUAACAAGAUGGAUGGAUGAUGGCAGAGUGGUGGACGUGAUCUACCUUGACUUGAGUAAGGCAUUUGACACAGUCUCCCACAGCAUCCUCACAGCUAAACUGAGGGAGUGUGGUCUGGACAAUUGGAUAGUGAGGUGGACUGCGAACUGGCUGAAGGGAAGAAGCCAGAGAGUCGUGGUCAAUGGGGCGGAGUCCAGUUGAGGCCUGUAUCCAGUGCAGUGCCUCAGGGGGCAGUGCUGGGGCCUGUAUUAUUCAAUAUAUUCAUCAAUGAUUUGGAUGAGGGAAUAGAGUGUACUAUCAGCAAGUUUGCUGAUGACACCAAGCUGGGAGGAGUGGCUGACACUGGAAGCUGUGCUGCCAUCAGAGACCUGGACAGCCCGGAGAGUUGGGCGGGGAAAAA